AUGCAACAUCAUAAACAAACUAUUCAACUUUCGGAUCAUGUUAAAAAUAAAAUAAAAUAUCAUCAACCAACUUCACUUAGUCGUUCAUCGAAUGAAUUAACUAUAUCAGAUAAUACUGAUGAUGACAAUGAAGUAUUCAUUUCAUCAUCUCCUCAAAAAUUAUAUCGUAAACGUAGUUUUACAUUUACAACACAUGAAAUUCCACAACCAUCAAAAUCUGAAUAUUUUCCUACAGAUAAAAGAAAUAAUUUUCAACAAAACAGAAUUCCUCAACGACAAGCAUUAUGUCAAGAAUGUAUUCGUUAUAAAAAUUUUCUUCAUAAUGAACAUCAAUAUUUAUUACGUGCUUAUGAUGAAAAUCGAAAACUAACUGAAGAAUUUCGUUCAGCUAGCUUACUUAAUCGACAAUAUCAAACAGAAAAUUUAAAAUUAAAACAACAUUUAACAAAAAUCAAUGCACAUCUUGAAGAAUAUAAAAGAAAUUUUAAUCUACUUAAACAAAAAAUUAUAACAGAAAAACAUAAUCAAUCAAAACAAGAUCUUGAAAGUGAUCAAUUGAAAAGACUUCGACAUGAAUUACAAGUUUAUAAACAAGUUAUAGCAUCAAAACGACAAGAAGAACAAAAAAAUUUUGAUUAUUUUUUUCGGCAAGAUUAG